AUGUGGAGUGCUGGCUCAGGGUUCCGCCCACCGACGUAUCUGAUCGCAGGGCACACAGGCACAGAGUGUAAAAUGGCGCACAGCUGUCGGUGGCGCUUCCCCGCUCGGCCCGGAGGGAGCAGCUACUCCGGCACCGGGAGGAGAGCGGGCCGGAUAAGGGUCACCGCCUCGCUGCGGAACGUCCCGGGAGCCCAACCGCAAGCCGCUGGCCUCGGACCCGGGUUUGAUGCUGCACUCCAGGUCUCGUCGGUCAUCGGGAGCAACCUGCAGAAAUUUCGGGAUGUUUUGGGGGAGUCCAGUGAUUCGAGCAGCGCGGAGGAGGAGGUGUUUAGAGGAUUUGGAACAAGCACUGAACAAAAAAGAACAUCAAGUACAUCAACAACUACUUCAGCGGGCCCACCUAUACAAGAGAAGAAGCCAAGAGGACGUCCACCGCGAGCCCUUGCUGCCCUAAAAGCUGCUGCUGGAGGCCGACUUUCCCCCUCUUCCUUUCUCACCCCCUCACAGGGCAAACCUGAAAGUCCUGAAAGACCAGCUGAGAAGGUCAAGAGGUUGCCAGGGAGACCACCUGGCACUGGGGAAAAGCGAAGAGGCCGUCCCCCAUCGUCAGGUUCCAAGAAAGGUUGGAGUGCAGGUAGCCAUGCGGCAGCACAGGACAGUAGACAAGCUGGGUCUGAGUCGAAGGUGGACUUGGAAGGGGACAGAGACAGAAAGGGUACAAAGAAAACACCUGUCGGCUCUGCUCAACCACAAGAUGCUAAUGGUGCGCGGGGUGAAUCCAAAGUUAGCAACGUGAAGAGAGCGACUACACUGACAUCAUUCAAAUCCCGGCUCAAGGCGUUGCCCAGUGUGCCUCGGCGGAGGCGCGGACGCCCGCCCUCAGCAGAGCGACUCAAAGCUGAGGCGGCAGCGGUUCAGCUGUCCGCCUCCACUGAAAGCGAGGAAGGAAAACAGAAAGCCUCCAAAGGAGUGGACAGAGCCGCCGAAUCACAGCAGUCCAUGCUGACUCAUGUGAAUGCUGGGGAAAACCAGGACUCUUCCAAUCAUCCCUCAUCAUCAUCUCCUUCCGUGCCAGACCGGGCAGUAGGACUUCGAAAAAGCCCCCGACACAGAAACCCCGUCAGGAUUGUCCCACCGGCGAAGCGCACUGAUGCAACUAUCGCUAAACAGCUGCUGCAGCGGGCCAAGAAAGGUGGUAUCAGGAAGCCACAGCUGAAGAACAUAAGGCAGUUUAUCAUGCCUGUGGUCAGCACCGUCUCCCUUCGCAUCAUCAAAACCCCAAAGCGCUUCAUCGAAGAUGAAGGGAACUUUUUGUCCCCUCCCCCUCAUAUGAAGAUACCGAGGAUGGAGGUACCAAACCCAUCAGUCUCAGAAACUGCCCAACCAACACCCACCACCUCUUCCUCCCCCUCGUUGGCGGUGGCCCCCACUACAGCAGCCACCACUAGCACCGGUACUACUGCUCCCAAUGACUCCCUUUCCCCUCCUGCACCUCCAGCACCCACCCCUACUGCUCCACCAACAACUGACAGUCUGCUCAAUAGCAAUACCGACAAUGCGGCCAAUGGGCGAUUCAGCAGUAGCGCUGCUUCUUGUGGCUCAAGUGCAGUGUCACAGCAUUCGUCGCAGCUAUCCUCUGCAGAGUCUUCCAGAUCCAGCAGCCCCACUCUGGAUGACUCCUCAUGCGACUCUCAGGCUUCCGAAGCCACGCAAGCGUUGUCGGAGCCUGAAGACCACUCUCCGCCCUCGCAGAUAGAGAUGGAGCCCAACGUAUUACACAGCUCCCAACCUCCCUCGCCUCCUUCAGAGCCGGAGCGUGUUUUACACAAGAGGAGUAGACGUGGACGGAGAGGACAAGGGGUGAGUCGAGGGAAUCAAAGCCAGACUACAAGGGAGACACUCACCGCCAGUGCCAAAAAGCCAAUCAUAAGCCCACCUACGGGAGUGUUGUUGUCCUCUUCCUCUCUUUUAAACUCGCAACAAGUUUCAUCCACAGCGUCGUCUUCCUCUUCGCCUCCACCUCCCCCACUCCUCACACCACCACAGCCUCCACAGUCAGCCUCAUCUAGUACAGCUGCUAUUAGUGAACAUCACUCUCAGUCCCCUUGGCUGCCACACCCCAUCCCUCCAUUCAUGUCUGGGUCAUCAGUGCUAGCCAACAUGUCGGGCAAACGGAGCCGCUCCAUUUUGAGAGAGCCUACCUUCCGCUGGACGUCUUCGUCCCACCCUGAAUACCAGUACUUUUCCUCUGCCAAGUACGCUAAGGAGGGCCUCAUUAGAAAACCAAUCUUUGACAACUUCCGUCCUCCCCCUCUCACAGCUCAAGAUGUAGGCCUGCUGCCUCAAGGUGUCAGCGGAGUAAGCGGGGCUGCUCCAGGUGCCUUCCCGACACAAAGCGGAGGAUCAGGAACUGGGAGCCGCCUGUUUGCCCCUCAUCACCCUCACAGUCACCACCAGCAUCCCACCUCGUCCCGCUUUGAUGCCCCAGUCCAGAAGCGUAGCCCGUUGCUACGUGCACCACGUUUUACAGCCAGUGAAGCUCACUAUAGGAUAUUUGAGUCUGUAACACUGCACUCGUCCUCUGGCAGCAGCCAGGGUUCUCGUUCACCACACCAGAAGUUGCCAGUAUCCAGCAGAAGCUCAAGGCGUAAAAGACGCCUGAUUACAGGAAUACUACGUGGCCAAACACGGUCUCCUUCGCACUCCAUGACCAGGCGCAGCAGUCAAAUCGGGGGCCAGAUGUCUUUGGGGAGAGGCUCGUGUGAGAUGUCUGACUCUGUCUCUAGUAGUACCCAAAGCUCCUUGCCGGGGAGCUCUGCCACUCCACUCGCUACUAGUGCCUUAACUCCUGCUCCUUUUGGCGACUUUUCUGUUUCCAUGGGUCUGAACUCACAGGGGAUACCUGACAGCAGAAGAGGGCCAACUGGAAUCCCACAACCUCCCUUAUCUACGGCAUCGUCGUCCUCCUCUCCACUUCUCUCACUCUUUCCUUCCAGUGACCAGGACACAGGGCGGGGAGCUGGAAAAGGAAGUAAAGAGAAAAACAUGUUGGCUCCUCAGGAGGCAGCUCAAAGGGACAAAGAAAGGGAUGCUGAGAAAAUCAGGGAGAAGGAAAAUAAAAAGGAAGGGAGGAAGGAUAUAGAGAAAAGGAGUAAGAUUACCACUCCAGACGGCUCCCCCAUUGCACCCUCUAGUCUGUUUAUAGAUGGUCGGGACUCCGAAGAUGCACUUUUAUCUCUUGCUCCGAAAAAGGCCCAGGGGAGAAGAAAAUCAAUGUCAGUUGAUGCGGUUACAGACACUCCAUCCUCUGAGGGGCGCAGUCUCCAUGCCCCCAUUACCAAUUCCAUUGCGAAGGAACGGUAUCUUAAGAAGGGGAGAUCCAGUGAGAAAGGAGCAGAUGUGGAGGAUGGGGAAAACGAGGAAGAGAAACAAAGUGCUCUGAGCCAGCAGGUGGCUAGCCUUCCAGGGCAGCCAGGCAGACAACAUCUCCCGGUCUCUUCGCUUGGAUCCGUGCUGGAACAAGCAGAGAAACAACCUGUUGCUGACAAGCGGGUAGUUGGACUUCUAAGAAAGGCCAAAGCCCAGCUCUUUGAGAUAAAGAAGAGCAAGCUAAAGCCUGUGGAUCAAACCAAGGUCCAGGGUCAAGAGAGUGACUCUUCAGAAACCUCCGUACACAGUCCACGGAUAAAGCAUGUGUGCCGCCGUGCAGCUGUGGCUCUUGGCCGUAAUCGCGCGGUGUUCCCUGAUGACAUGCCCACACUUAGUGCCUUGCCCUGGGAAGAAAGGGAGAAGAUCCUGUCUUCCAUGGGAAAUGAUGAUAAGUCAUCAGUAGCUGGCUCAGAGGAGGCUGAGCCUCAAUCCCCACCUAUAAAGCCACGGGAGACACGGCAAAAGGCUGUUCAAGAAGCUCCUCCCAAAAAGGGUCGGCGGUCACGACGCUGUGGCCAGUGUUCAGGCUGUCAGGUUCCUGAGGAUUGCGGGCUCUGUACCAACUGUCUUGACAAGCCCAAGUUUGGGGGACGAAACAUCAAAAAGCAGUGCUGCAAGAUGAGGAAGUGUCAGAACCUGCAGUGGAUGCCCUCAAAGUUGUUUCUUCAGAAGCAAAGCAAAGUUAAAAAAGACAAGAAGAAGAACAGGUUAGCUGAGAAGAAAGACGACCUCAUACCAGUUAAAGGACAGAAUUUGGAGUCUGGCACCAAACUCCCCACUGCACCGCCAAAGGAGGAAGCUCCCCACAAAAAGAGUGAAAUUGCUCCCCCUGAUCCAGGAGAGGAGAAGUCAAAACAGCAGUCAUCACCACAACCAUCCUCUCCAGCCCCGUCAUCUUCUCCUUGCCCUGAUGAAUCCCCACAAACCACCAGCGCGUUCACGACGCAGGCCCAGUUCCCGGAACAGCUCUCUGUUUCGAGCAGCAUCUCUAGCAAGAAGGGACACAAAACGCAACAGCCAGCCUCGUCGUCUUCCUCCUCCUCAUCACCCUCCUCCUCCAGCUCAUCAUCGUCCUCAUCCCCCUCAUCUUCCUCCUCCUCGUCCUCAGCCCAAAAUUCCCCAGCACCUUCCCCGUCUAUACCAUCUUCUCCCCUACAGCCGCAGGCGCUGGUGAGCAGUCAGACACCCGCAAAGAAAGAUGCUUCACCCAAGAUUCCAUUAAAUGAGCCCAAGAGGAAGACUCAGCAACAAUCACCGCAACAGCAGAGCUCAACCGCAGCAACGUCAGAUACAACUGACCCAAAGCAGCCGAAGAAGCCAACUUCUCGGUCAGUUCUGCCAUCUCCAAAACAAAAACCAAAAGACAAGAUGCUGACCACUAAACCCCCCAGCAGCUGUACUUUAAACUGGCUGGGCACUCCCUCGACUAGGGGCCAGGUGAAGCCCACGGCGCCCUGCGACGGAGUGCAUCGAAUCAGAGUGGAUUUUAGGAGGGACCAUGAUGUGGAGAAGGUGUGGGAGGCGGGUGGCCUCAGCCUGCUUACCUCUGUGCCUGUCACACCCAGAGUGCUCUGCUUCCUAUGUGCGAGCAGUGGAAAUGUUGAGUUUGUUUUCUGCCAGGUUUGCUGCGAACCGUUCCAUCUCUUUUGCCUGGGGGAGUCUGAGCGUCCUCUCCAGGAGCAGUUUGAAAACUGGUGUUGUCGCCGAUGCCGCUUCUGCCAGGCCUGCGGGCGCCAGCACCAGAAAGCUAAACAGCAGCUGCUGGAGUGUGAUAAGUGCCAUAACAGCUAUCACCCGGAGUGCCUGGGUCCAAACCACCCUGCAAGACCCACCAAAAAGAAGAAAGUCUGGAUAUGCACUAAGUGUGUGCGCUGUAAGCGUUGUGGAGCCACCAAACCUGGGAAAUCCUGGGAUGCCCAGUGGUCACAUGACUUUUCCAUGUGUCACAACUGUGCCAAACUCUUUGCUAAAGGGAACCCUUGCCCACUUUGCAAUAAGUGCUAUGACGACAAGGACCACGAGAGCAAGACGAUGCAGUGUGGACGCUGCGACCGUUGGGUUCAUGCUAAGUGUGAGAGCCUGACAGAUGAAAUGUAUGAGCUGCUGUCAAAGUUGCCAGAAAGUGUUGCCUACACGUGUACCAAAUGUACAGACCACCAUCCGGUGGAGUGGCGCACAGCGCUGGAGGGGGAACUCCAGGGCCGCAUUCGCCACGUCCUCACUGCACUGCUCAACUCACGCACCUCCGCUCACCUCCUGCGCUAUAGAAAGGUGGUAAAACCUCCGGAACUGAACCCUGAGACCGAAGAGAGUCUUCCAUCUCGUCGCUCUCCUGAGGGCCCAGAUCCGCCAGUCCUGACUGAACCCCCUUCUGCUGCCCCCAGCAACUCCCCUGCAGACCUGGAGUCUGUGGAGAAAAAGAUGGAUAAGGGACUUUACAAGUCUGUGCUGGCGUUUAGUGACGACAUUGCUCGAAUCAUCCAAACAGCAUUCAACAGUGAUGGCGGUCAGCUUGAAAGCAGAAAAGCCAACAGCAUGGUCAAGUCUUACUUCAUCCGGCAAAUGGAUCGAAUCUUUCCCUGGUUCAAAGCGAAACAGUCCCGCUUCUGGGAACGACCAAAAGUCUGUGCCAACAGCGGUCUUCUUCCCAAUGCUGUUCUGCCCCCAUCUCUGGACCACAACUACGCCCAGUGGCAGGAAAGACUGGAGCUGUCCCGCUCUGAGCACCCCCACCUCAUCAAAAACAUCAUUCCAGCCCCCUGCCCCAAGAACUCUGUUGAACCAGACACUCAAGCAAUCCCUCCCCCAGUCCUUCCGCCUCUACCGCCAGUACCUCUACUCAUACCAGAUUGUGACGACAGUCCAGAGCUUCCUCCUCCACCCGGUGUUAGUGAUAACAGGCAAUGCGCAUUGUGUCUAAAAUACGGAGAUGAAAACACAAACGAGUGUGGCAGAUUGCUGUACAUUGGACAGAAUGAGUGGACACAUGUCAACUGCGCAUUGUGGUCAGCGGAGGUUUUUGAGGACGAUGACAGCGCCCUGAAAAAUGUACACAUGGCUGUUCUCAGGGGAAGACAAGUGUGCUGUGAGAUGUGUCAACAGCCAGGAGCCACAGUCAGUUGCUGCUUUACCUCCUGUACCAGUAACUACCACUUUAUGUGUGCCCGCCAGGGCCACUGCAUCUUUCUGGAGGACAAGAAAGUCUAUUGUUCGAAGCACAAAGACCUAAUCAAGGGAGAAGUGGUGUCUGGCUUUGAGGUAACUCGCAGGGUACUAGUUGAUCUGGAGGGAAUCCGUGUAAAAAGGAAAUGGUUGGCAGGACUGGAGCCUGAAAAUGUCCACUUGAUGAUAGGCUCCAUGACUGUUGACUGUUUGGGCAUACUGACCGAUCUCUCAGAUUGCGAACGCAAACUCUUUCCCAUCGGAUACCAGUGUUCACGUGUAUACUGGAGUACUUUGGAUGCACGAAAGCGCUGUGUGUAUACCUGCAGGAUCCUGGUUUGUCACCCUCUUGUGGGAGAGUCUGAUUUUAAGAAUGUGGUGGCUUCUGAGGACAAUCUCACAAUAGCACACAGUCCGUCUUCUGUGCAAGACUUCCCUGAUCCAUUUGACUCUCCAAGGCGGUCAGAUACUCUUUCUCCAGCAAAGACACCCAAGCUCAGGGUCUACACCAGGAACCGGCACCCUAGCUACUCUUCUGCCAAUCAGCACUUGCAAGGCCCUAGUCCACUACCUUCUUCAGUAGGUGGUUUAUCCCAACCUCAAAGUCAAACCGUUGAGAGUGCGCUGGAUCCUGUCACACGGAAUAUUGACUCCCAACGCCACAGCACCGCUUAUCAUCCAUCUCCUCAACAGCAGCACCAUAAAGAAAAAGCAGUGAAACCACUGGCUCAAAUUUUGCCGCGACCCCUUACCUCACCUCCUCCACUGAUAUCCUCACCCGCACGGGACCCAGAAAAGGCUAAACGUCUCAGCAAAGACUCAAUCCCGAGGGACAAGGAAAGGGCAAAACUGUUCAUGCCAGACAAAAUUAAACCACAACCUCUCAUGCAUCAGGGAGGAACAGACACAGACAAGAUUAGGGUGCUGAGUCGAGGUCAGGCAUUCAAGGAUCAUGAGAGGAACAAAUCAUCAAGUGACCUCAGGCAAAAGGACCCUGACAUUGGUGACUCAAUAGCCAAAGAGCAAGAAAAGAAACUGGCUAUGAAACAAUUGGACCGGGUAAGAAUUCCCGGAAAAAACUCUUCGAGAGAUUCAGAGAAGGGGCGACAAGUAAACCGAGACACUGAAAAAGGAAGACAGGUCAACAGAGAGUCAAACAACAAAGAUGCCGAGAAGAGCAAAUCCUUCUUUAAAGAUUCCAGCUCAAAAGAUAGUGAAAAAGCAAGAGUCGUCAGCAGGGAUUCAGGCCCAAGGGACUCUGAAAAACAUAGACAAUUUAGCAAGGAUGCUGGAAAAGACAGAAUAUCCAACAAAGACUCUGAUAAGAGUCGACCUAGCUCAAGGGACUCCAGUUAUAAAAGCACCGAGAGGAACAAAUGCCCAGGGAAGGAUAAUGACCCCGGAAGCCAGUCCAAACAGGGUGGGUUUGAAAGUAGGAACCCCAGGCUUGCACGUGGUGGUUCGGGCCAGUCAUCACCUCCCGUGGGAACGGCUGUACUCUCCAGCCAUCAGCAGAGAGGGGGCAGCACCAAGCAGGGUCACAAGCAUGGUAAACAUGGAAGCAAAGACCAGAAUAUUACUUUGGCUCAUCACAAGUCAACUUCUCACACCAUCCACUCCAAGGACAACAGCAAUUCCGAGAAAGACAGCAGUGUUACCACUGGAAGCUUAACACCGUCUUCCCUCUUCAAUGACUCAGUUGUUGGAAAAUCCAGCUCUCCAACUAUUGCACGGAAAUCAAACGAUUCUUCGUCAGCUCCAGCUGCAGGAGCGUCCAUGAAACCCCUUUGGCCUUCAAGGACACCAUCAGAUGAAGACCCAGUCAGACGAGAGUCUAUACAACUUGCCACCCCAGCCACAGCCGCCAAAGACUCCAAAUUUAAGGUGACAGGCAAUAAAGAGGUGUCCAAAGACAGAGACAGGGAGAAGAGUCUCAAAAACAGCAAAAACAACACAAAAUCGACACUCUUAAACAAUAACAGUAAAGCCACUGGCAGCUCAAGCAUGCUUAUUAAUAAUCCCACCUCUUACCGAAAUAGCAAUAGUACAGUUCAGAUGCUUGGAAGCAGCACAAAACCCCAUGGCAAGGUCCAGGUUGAGAAGCCAGAGAACCUGGGAAGCAUCAAGUCUUCUUCGAAGGGAAGAGAAAAUUUCAGCUGCAGUGUGACUAAUUUCCAAGGGAUGAAAAUGGCCUCUCAUUCCCAAAACAAGCCAACAAUAAAGCAGUUAGUAUUAUCUUCUCGAGAGAAAACCAAACCUGUGAAAAAGCCCACUGUAAAACAGCUGAUGCCUGACAAUAAGACUGACCCCAACGGUACCAGCAAUGUCGAUGGGAUUUCCGCUUCCUGUCCCACGACAACUACCUCUUCUGUUUCUCCUGCUGGCCAGGGGAUCCGUCACUGUGUUCGCUCCGCUCUCUUCUCCUCUUCUUCUGCCAGCAGUUCUGACAGCUCAGAAUCUGAUAACCCUGGUAACCAGACCAAAAUAGAGGACGAGGACAAAGAAUACCCAAGCGCUGAUCUCCAGGACCACCUCAGCCUCCUCACUCAAGGAACGGAAGAUGAUGUGGAAGGCACUGAUGAUUAUCAUGAGAGAGGUAUAGACGAUGUACAUCACGAAGAAGACAGCGACGGUUCAGGAUCUGCCAAGCGGCGGUACCCUCGACGUAGCGCCCGUGCUCGCUCUAAUAUGUUCUUCGGACUUACUCCUUUCUAUGGGGUUCGUUCUUACGGAGAAGAGGACCUGCCUUUCUAUGGCACUGGGGAUGGAUCUGUGCCCUUUGUUAAGAGGAGGACUGGUCGGAAGAAGUCAGCUGAAGGGCAGGUGGAUGGGGCAGAUGAUAUAAGCACCUCAUCUUCAUCAGGGGACAGUGGAGGUGAAGAAGACAGUGGAAUGAACCAGAGAGUUAAGGACCCAUAUUACUACAACUUCACAAGGACAAUAAUAAACCCAGGUGAGGGUCUUCCUUCAAUAGAAGGACUAGAUCAGUGCCUGGGUCGUGGCUCACAACUCCAGCGUUUUUUAAAAGAUGAGGAACAACAGCAGCAGAGACCACAAGAAAAAAAUGAAGAUGACAUGCUAAAUGCACUGACUUUUAGUAAGCAGAGCAUUGGUCAGCUGGAUGGCAUUGAUGAUGGUUCAGAAAGCGACACGAGCAUCUGCACUACCAGCACCACAACUGCCACAGCCACCUCCACUUCCACACCACACAAGAGUACUCCAAGAAGAAGAGGCAGAGACAGGCACCAGGAAAAACUGGACUCUCAUGAGUCUUCCAAGGAGGCACACACCAGCAGUGGAGGAACUGGAGCAGUGAGCGUAAAUCCUCGAGAAGGCCGAAAAGGACAGAAAGAGAACUGUCUCGCUUUAGGCGGCGUGGCUAAGUCACAGCAACAAAGUCAGGGCCAGGAUCCUCUUGAAGCUCAACUGUCCCUCAACUCAGACUCUGACAACAACAACAGUGAUGACUGUGGCAACAUCUUGCCCUCGGACAUCAUGGAAUUUGUUCUGAACACACCUUCAAUGUCAAUGCAGGCUCUGGGUCAGCAGCCCGAGUCCUCCUCUUCCGAGCUGCUAUUGGAUGAGGGCUAUGUGGGAGUGGAUGUUAACCGGCGUAAAGAUAUUCUGUUUGAUGAUUUCUCGGAGCCUCUGCCAACUCCAGAGACCAGAGGGGUCGUGGAAAGUAGUGUGAACAAUUCCAUAUCUGUAGAGGAGCCUUACAUUCCUCUUGAGCUCCCCUCUGAUCUUUCUGUGUUAACUACACGCAGUCCUACUGUGAAUUCCAGUCAGAACCAUACUACUGGUAGCCUCAUCUCAGAUACCUCAGACCGCACAAUGUUGGGCUUGACAUCUGACCCAGAUUCAAUGAGCGGAGAGAAAAGUGGGGACAAGAAAAGGGCAGGACCAGGAGUGUCACCUUCAGAGACUCAACAUGAUGCUACAACUUUGGGAAACAGGGAUAAACAAGUCACUGAAGGUCACAUGACCCCUGAGCAAUUUAUCCCUAGCCCUGCAAUUGGUCAAGUGGUCGAAACUCCAGGUAACCAGGACGCUUCCAGGAAUUCCGGCACUCCGGGAUUGCCAAAUUCUCCGUCACUUCCACUUCCGGGUCAAAAGUUUCUCCCUACCUCAGCUACAACUGCAGGCAGCAUCAGCCCUGUGCCUGGUACAGGACCAUCCCAAGUUCAGGUGUCCACACCAGCUGUCAUUAAACCGAGCACUGACAAACUCAUUGUUGUGAACCAGCAGUUUCAGCCUCUAUAUGUUCUACAAACUGUCCCAAAUGGAGUCACUCAAAAAAUAACAGCCACAGGAGUGAUGGACACAAGCUCUCAAGCAGUGCUGAGCUCCAUGACACUCACCACAGGCUUGAAUUCUGGGCUGUCUGCAUCACAGCAGAUAUUUCCUGCUGGCGGCAAAGUCUUAGGUACAAUGUCUCAUUCCUCUCAGAUUCACACAUUCAGAGGAGCAACCCAGGCUGGAUUCCAGACAGGCAUUCCGAGCACCACUUCAGGGCUUUUCAUUGGGUUGUCUUCUCAAGCUCAUGAACAGCCCCAGAUUCUUGUUUCCGAGGCAGGUCGACCACACGAGCUGGGUCCAAGUGUUGCUAUCGUUUCCAGUGCAUCUACUCUUACUGCAGUUCCGACUGUUCUUUCCUCUGCUCAUGGUAAGAAAAGGGCCAUCUCUCGACUUUUGCCGAAAAAAACAAAGAAAUUGGCUCGCUCAAGAAGUCAGCCUACUAUUGCCCCUGAUGUUGGCAAUCCCAACAUGACCCUAAUCAAUCUGUCAUCCCCUCAAAUAACUGCUAGCAUCCCCGGCCAGCCUGGUGGCCUAGUUGAGUUAAGCACCAUAACCGGCUCUCAGCGUAAAAUUCCCAAUAUAAUCAAGAGACCUAAAUCUGGUGGUGUCAUGUACUUAGAUCCCACUACACUCAUUCAGCAGAGAAUUCCUGCUACUGCCCAGGCUGGUGUGCUGGAUUCCUCCACUCGCAUAUUACCUUCUGGACUCAACCCCAGUCAGUCAGUUUUAAAUGUUGUUCCUGUGCCCUCUAGUGGUGCUGCCGGCCUCCUGACAUCAGGAUCAGUGUCCCUUUCCACGCCAGUACUCAGUCCGACUGAAAUAAGCGGACCAAUUAGCAACCUCUUGUUUAAGGCCAGCCCACAUGGGUUGAGUCUAUCUGAUCAGCCGAUGGUUCUUCAGUCAGCAGGGGCAACUCCUCUAGUAUCUCAACUCGGGUCCCCUGUUACAUCCAUAGCUAACAAUAUCUGUGUCCUGCCUUCGCAGCAGUCUUUUAGUGUUGCUGUCACUCAGCAAGGAGAUGCAGACGGCAGCACUGCGCAUUUGCAUCAGGCUUAUUCCAGAGCCCAAAACUCAGAGUCCAGUUCAGGCACCACGGUUGCAAUAGCGCCAGCCACUCCUUUGAGCCCAGCGAAAGGCCGUGUCGUUGGCGUGUUUACGCAGACAAACAGCUCCUUGCACUCUCAGAGCAGCAGAACCACCCCCCUACAUCGCAGCGCCAACCAAAGCCUGCAUAACUCCACUGGUGUUGCAUCUGCGACAAUUACAGUUACAAGGAUGGAAAAGGACAAACCCAAAGCCAAAAGGAGUAGGAAAAGCACUGACACGAAUAAUGGCAAAAAGAUCAAGAUCUCUCAUGCUGAGGUACAUCACAAGAACCCAGGAGCACAACACCCAUCAAAGUCCAGUCCUGAGCCCAUGGACACCGACGAACCCCCCAACAAGGCAACAAACAAGAGUGUCCUUGGUAAAAAGAAGAAUCAGGAGGAUCCUGGUUUCUCGGGAAAGCUCGAGGUCCAAGACAAACGUUCUCCUGUCGAAGGUUGUCUCGCAACUGCUCUACCGCCAAACCUAGAUGGCAGCAACAAAGACACAGGGCUGGACUGCAAACCCAAGAAGGGCAUCAUCUUCGAGAUUCGUAGUGAAGAGGGUUUCCACAUUCGCUGUGAAAGUAUUGAAGAUGCCUGGAAGUCGUUGACUGAUAAGGUGCAGGAAGCCCGCUCUAAUGCCAAGUUACGAAAGAUGUCCUUUGACGGGGUUAACGGGCUUAGGAUGCUGGGAGUGGUCAACGAGGCUGUGGUGUUCCUGUUAGAGCAGCUGUACGGCAAUAGGCACUGUCGAAGCUACCGGUUCCGUUUCCACAAACCCAAAGAAACCGAAGAGCUCCACAUCAACCCCCACGGCUCGGCUCGGGCAGAAGUCCACCACAGGAGAUCUGUUUUCGACAUGUUUAAUUUCUUGGCCUCAAAACACCGCCAGCCUCCUGAGUACAGGCCGCAGGAAGAAGAUGAAGAGGACGGACAGCUCAGGACUGCUAGACGCACAUCGAUGGAACUGCCGCUAGCUGUGAGAUUCAAAAACCUCAAGGCCACCUCCAAGGAGACGAUAGGAGUAUACAGAUCCCCCAUUCACGGCCGAGGACUGUUCUGCAAGAAAACCAUUGAUGCAGGAGAGAUGGUCAUUGAAUAUUCUGGGAACGUGAUCCGGUCCGUGCUCACGGACAAGCGGGAGAAAUACUACGAUGGGAAGGGGAUCGGCUGCUACAUGUUCCGCAUCGACGACUACGAGGUAGUAGACGCCACCAUGCACGGCAACGCGGCACGCUUCAUCAACCACUCGUGCGAGCCCAACUGCUAUUCGCGGGUAAUCACGGCGGACGGCCUGAAGCACAUCGUCAUCCUCGCCGCCCGCCGCAUCCACCGGGGCGAGGAGCUCACGUACGACUACAAGUUCCCCGUGGAGGACGCCGGCAACAAGCUGCCAUGCAAUUGCGGCGCCAAGAAGUGCCGCAAGUUCCUCAACUGACAAGUCAGUGCCAACUUUCACAAAAAAAGUCUGCACUCGCUCGGACUGAAUAUGCAGAGGAGGAGGAGCCGUAAAAGACGUUUGAACAUAUUGUGCCUCCUUUAUCAUCAUGUGUCUCGCCUAGCUUCAUCUUUAGCCGAGUCAUCAUUCCCAUUUGAAAUUUGGAUGAACGCCUAAAAAAACACACACAUUGGCCCAUCCUCCGUCAAUUUAAAGAAAGGUUCCAUUUUACACCAAAGUGCAAUUUGUUGAAGGAACAAAAUAUCGGUUUAAAUUCGAUUGCAUUUUCUCCCGCGUGAUCACGGUUGUCAGCUGUUCUUCUGCACAUUUGGCCUGUGUUAAAGUGCCCUGAUGCCUUCAGAGCCAUGGUGACUUGAGCUCGCUUAAGGGUACAAAUCUGCUGACCUGAGAGCGACAGCAACGAGGAAAAAAAAUAUAUUCGUCACGCUCGUGCGCUUGAAUUGACCAUCAGAGCGUUGUGUUAUUGACUGGCUGGAGCCACUUGAGAGGGAGAGGGGAAAAAGGCAGCUCGAGAUUCUGGUGGACUGAUGGUCACGGGCCCCCGAGACUGUACUGAUGUGCUUUAGUAGAUUUAUUUAUCUUUUUGGGGGGCUUAUUUUUAUUGCUGCAAUCCAUGGAGAGUCAUGGAUUUUUCUCGUGCUUAUUUCGUCUUUUGUUUUUGAUGAUUCUGAAUGGACUCAUCGUUCCAAAUGAAAGCAGCAAAGAGAACCAAACAAUUGUGGCGCCCAUGAAUUGAUAUUUUUACAUCGCCUCUUGUGAUAACCAUUCUUAUUAUUAUGGAAAUGUUAGUAUGUGUUUUUGAGUCUUUUAAAGUCUUGUCUCUUGUGUGUCUUUUUUUAUUAAAAAAGGCAAAUGUCACGGUCGGAAAAAAAAUGUAAAUAAUGUAUAUUUUUCUACAACAACAACAACAAAAAGACUUAAAAAGCACUCACUAGUGAAUAGCACUUAAUGAUGAUAUUUAUAUAUUUUUAAAAAGUCAUAUUUAUUUUAAUGCCAUUUUUUGUAGGAAAUAGAGGUUUACAAACACUAAAGCGCUCUCUAUGUUUUGUACUCGGCUGCCUUUGUAAAAUUGUGUUUCUUAAUUUUGGGGGUUUCAAUUCUCGUGAUUUUGUUAGUCUGAAUGUUUUGUUUGAUUCCAAAGACUGACGCUGGUCUGCGGCUCGGUCCACUUGACUUCAGUCCACCGGGAGCUCUCUACCUGGGCCUUUUGCUCAAAGUUCAUUUCCUUUUCUUAUUGUCGUCGUUUUAAUUGGAGUUGGCAGUGUGGCUCAUGUGAACUACGAUUAUUAUUAUGCACUUGGGAGAGUUUAGAUGGUUGAUCGUUAUCUGAUAUCUCCUCUCUCCAGCCUUAUUGUCUCCUCACCACAUCACAAACACGCAGUGAAGAAAAGUAGGAUCCGGACUGUCAUAUCGAGACAUACACAUCAAUGAAAAUCAGACAAUAGUCAAAAUAUCUUUUUGUCUUAGGGAGGUGCCUUCAUUUUGAUGCUCCAUGCAGUUUGACAGUAUGAAGGAUUAGCGCGACACUGAAAAGGAAAACAAAAUGCAAAGAUGUGAAGAUGAAUUCAUCAUUUUAUGAAGAUAGUCUUUAAUAUGAAAGAACUAUAACAUUAGACUUGUCAUGUCAUCAUCAAACUAUUCUAUUGGAAGAUUUUGGUAGCAACCUGUUGGCUCGUUUUUUGUUUUGUCUGUGACACCUUUUUAAAACGAAUCAUCGAUUCUUUGCAGAAGCCUAUUGAUAAUCUUUUGUGAUACAAAGUAUCAGGUACAGUGAUCCCUCACUACUUCUCGCUUUAAACUUCCGCCCUCAGUCCAUUGAGGAUCGUCCCGAGCCGAUCGCAUAGUCUCACUCUCGCUCUUUCCCUCACUCUCUCUGCUCACUGGAGUUGCUUAUUAAAAUGAUUGAUGUUUGGGUUUGAUCUUGCCACAGAUGCUUGUAAGCCAAAGCUUCAAAGCGCCACAUGCGUCAAUCAGAGGUUAACUCGUUAAACAGUUGCUGUGGCAACUCUUUGUAAGUGAGUAGCUUGAGAAGACUACUUUAUUCUUGUUUAAAAAUAACUCAGUGGGAAAGUAACAUGUUUAAAACUAAACAUAAUUAUUACAUUUCAAGUGCUUAAAAACCAUUUAUUAAUAUAUACAUUUUUUUUUUUUAAUUAUACUUUGGGGAAAAGAGUUAAAAACGUCUUAUAUGUAUCUCUUUCUAAUGCUAAAUCUGAAUAAAUAAAUUGAACAGAAAAAAAAUAUAUAUACAUUUGGGGGGUGGCUUGGGGUGCGCUACUUUGCGGUUUUUCACUUAUCGCGGUGGGUUCUGGUCGCCAUUAACCGCAAAAAAUGAGGGAUCACUGUAAAUCAACUUUUUGAUAUUUUGUCACACCCCUAAUAAUAAUGCACAGUGUGACAUUACACCGUGACCAAAUUCAAAACUUGCAAAUAGGCCUGUCGCGAUAACAAAUUUUAGUGGGUGAUAGAUUCGCUCAUAAAUUAUUGCGAUAUACAAUAUUACAGCCCCCCCCAACAAAAAUUAAAUAAAAUCAGUUUACAAUAACGCAGUGAGAAUACCUUAUAUAUAAUAAUAGGUCAAGUACACCCAUUUAAACGCAAUAAAUGUUUAUUCUUAAAAUUAAACAAUUCAAAAAUACUUUUUUUCAAAAUCAAAACAAAAAACAAUAGACAAUGCCUCUUUUAAGUAAAAGACAAUAAUAAUAAUUAUACCACACAGAAAGACUGAAUAAUAAAUAAAAUGCCUUUUUCAAUUAAAUAAAAUUGCACUCCAAGAACAACAGAGAAAAAUUGGGUAAUUUGGUUGGAGUAAAAAAAAAAAAAUUGGCUUCACUAAGUAUCAAACAACAUUACACAGAGGUAAAAUGGUUUAAUUUCUUCAGCAAUCUAGCGCACUUCGCUUUCCGUGAGGGAAUGCCAUUUUGCGCUGUCUCGUUUGUAUUUUACACAUCGGGUAAACACCUCCGUAAUUGUCGAUUUACAUGACGAGGAAGGCUCGGAUUUUUCCGAUGCCGUUUACUUACCAAGCAGUGAAAACUAAAGAAGGUGAUGGUGUUUCAAAUGAGCACGUAGUUUUGUUGUGUUUUCCCACUUUUUUUAAACAACCUCCAGACAAAAUUUGCAGACUGGUUCGUCCUUGUUGGUUGCCUCGCCAUUUUUAUUUGGUUUAAAACCAAAAUAUUCUCCUGUGGUGUAUGGCUUGGAAAUCAGGAUUUUUCGUCCCUUUCCGUCUUUCCCACUGUGCUCGCUCAUUGCUGUGCGCCGACUGUGCAUUCAGCCCCGCCUUCCUCUAUUGAAUGAUUGACAUGAUUGUCACUCAAAUGUAUAAAACGAGCAUACCCAGAAGGCAAUAAAACAGAGUGAGUCCUCGUCACGGCAUAUUGCGGAGCUGGUAGCAACAACAAAGCCAAACUUUAAACAGCACGUCUGCCACGUACGUGUGCACGAGGUGAUAAAUCGCAUCGUGGAAAAUUACCGCCUUCAUUUUUAUUUACCGUGCGAUAAGUGGAUUUAUUGCAUAUCGCGACAGGCUUACGUGACAGCACUGUCGAUAUUUCACAAAACGAGCAGCUAAAGCUAAAUGAACAGGAUAGACGGGAUGAAACGAGACACGAGUAGAACAAAACCGGUGUUCUACCAAAAUGUGCUACACCGGCGAAACGUCCUACAAGAGGUGAAUUUGACAUCCAAAGUACUACUGUGCGCUUUCAGCUUGUUUUGUUUUGAUGCAUACAGACAGAAUAUAAUAAAGAUGCCUUAAGAAAAUACUUAGAUGUAGUAUUACCAAAUAAGGGUGGUUUAAAUACACUACGUGACUAAUGCGGCCAACAGAUCAACAAUCCACAAGAAAACACAACACUUCAAAGUAUGAGAGGGAAACAAAUGCAAAAAGUAUUUUGAGGGAAUGAAAAGGUAAUAAAAGAAUCAAUAAAAACACAAAGAAAUAGUAAGUACUCGCCGUUUUUAACUGAUGUGCGCAUGUGUUGGACGUCUCGCCGCGUUGAAGGAAUUGCAGAACACCGGUAGUGUUCGUCUAGUGACAUUGACAAACUGGGAGUAAGAACCUCUUGUUACAUCACGAUACGAUACGAUUUGCGAUACAAAGCUCACGAUAAUGAGGAUAUGGCGAUACAACGAUUAUCGAUACAUUGGUCAGGAAAUCAUUAUAGGAUAUUCUACAAACAACUGAUAAACAGAAAAACAAGCUUCUGUUGUGAAUUGGAAUGAGUUUAUCACUAGUAGACGUCCAAUCCAUUUGAACUGGGAGGGUGGCAGCGAAUGAACAUUCGUUCAUUCGCUGCAAUCCCUCCCACUUCAAACGGACUGAACGUCUAUGGCCGUCAUUGGCAGCCAAAGCCAAGCAAUGAUGUAAUCUAGGGCCAUUUAAGGUCAUUUACCUGUUGAUUUUCAGUUACUUCCUGUUGAUUUGGGGGUAUUUUAUGGGUCACUUCCUGUUUAUUUUGAGAUACAGAACAGGAAGUGACCUGGCAAUCACCCAAAUGAUUAGGUAGUGAUUCAAACUCAACAGGAAAUUACCUGUAAAUGAACAGCAAGUGACCUUUAAAUGCCCCGAAAAAUCGGACGGAAUGACUGCGAAUGCUCUAGUGUUGAAUUAGUGCUGCAACGAUUAAUCGAUUAACUCGAGUAUUCGAUUAGAAAAAAAAGAUUCAAAUUAAAUUUUGCUGCUUCGAGUAUUCGUUUAAUUAAAGUGGCGUUGUAAUGUAUUGUUUUGAAAGUGUUUGCAUUUAUUUUCAUUGAUUUGGGUGGACACACGGCCCUCUAGUCCACCUCAUGUCACAUGGCUAAAUCCAUCUGCUCCCUGUUAAGACCAACAUAAGCUAAUGUUUUGUUUGAGCUAAUGAUUUUUUUGAAUGCAUUCGCAAUUUAGUUUAAAGGUAUAUUUAGCCAUUUUUUGUGGGAAUAUGUGUCUGGGCCAUUUUUUAAGAGCGUUGUAAAAAAGCGUUAGCAUUUUAUAGCAUUUAAGCUAGUGGACUUGUGCUAUGUAAGUUAGCCAAUUGUUCUUUUGUUGUACAUACUGUAGAUUCUCUUUUUUAUAUAUAUAUACAGUGGGGAGAACAAGUAUUUGAUACACUGUCAAUGGGAUAACCCAUUGGCAGUGUAUCAAAUACUUGGCUCAGCUCAGGUAUUUUAAUUUUUUUAUGUCCCUCAUCCGAUUACUUGAUUAUUCGAAAUAAAUAGUUCAUCGAUUAAUCAGCUACAAAAAUAAUUGAUAGCUGCAGCCCUAUUUCGAAUGAACGAACGUUCCCAGUCUAAAUGGAUUGGGUGUCGAGCACCGUCAAUGGCAGCCUCAGAGUUACCUGAGACAGUAUUAUGGUGGAAGAUUUUGGUAGCAAACUUUUUUUUUUUUUAAAACACUGACACCUUUUUAAAACGAUAUCUCGAUUCUUGGCAGGAGCAUAUCGAUAACCUUUUGGGAUACAAAGUAUCAUGAUAUAUCACCAUUUCGAUAUUUUGUCACACCCCUAGUGGCAAACCACGUCAUCACGCCGAGCGUCCAUUGCACGCAUAAAACAUGGUGCCCUCCAUAGGUUAAAACAUACUAAAUAUUAUAGAUUUUUAAAGCAAUGGAAAUAUUUUAUGUGUUUCUAACAACGUAUUUUCGUAAAAGACAAUAAUUGUGGCUUAUUAGACUUACAAGACUUCAAGUCCGAGGAUCCGUUUAAAGCAUUUUUCGUACGUUCUUCUUGUAUGCAUCCAAACAAAACAAGCUGAAAGCGCACCAUAGUACUUUGGGUGUCGAUUAAGUCGUUUUGCAGGAGAAGGACCAACAAACAAAAUCAAUUUUAAUAAUACUGAUGUGCUAGCUAAAAACAUUUUCGUGUCUUGUUCAAAUCCGCUAACAGGCUAAUGAUUUAUGAAGAGUUUAUUCUCAGAUUUUCCCUUCUUUUCAGUGUGGCGCUAAUACUCGUAAUAGCAUCAGUGUGUCAUGCGACCAAUGCUCGCAACUCGUUUUUUUGUUUUGUUUAUCUGCCGUUAAAGCUGACAUCAUUAGCAGUGACUCCCACACUGCCCCACCUCCUUUCGGUUAAAACCCUCACCUUACCCACACAUGGCUCUUAAACCCAUGUCUUUGGGGGUGAGAGACCCCCGAGCGGUGAGCCCCCCGUGAGACUCCUACCAAGUGCACUUGACUGUCAACGGGCACCAAAGCGAAGUGGGCAUAAAGGCCUUCACGCUCGUACGCCGGGGGUCCUGCUGGGUUGUGCUGCUACAAUGAAUGUAAAUUCCUUCCUCCACGUGACCUGACUUGCGAGCGUGGCUUUCUUUUCCGUUGCCGCGCCGACAAACGGCUUUACACGUGAGCGUCGGCGCCGACACGCGCGCCGACCUCAAGGGCUCCGUCUUGAAAAUCUCAAUCUGUGAGUGAAAGGCUCCUAGGACUUCAUUUCCUCUUCUAGGCGGGGGUCACACCAGUGGCUCCGCCUCCUUCUCCGUCUGUAAAUUAUAGUAUAAAUACAUGACAAUAUUAUACAGACACAUGCAUAGUCUUGUACGUUAGUAUCUAUACAAUAUAUGGAAUGGACAGACAAACUUAGUUACAGUAGCAAAAACAACCAAUUUAUACUAGCAAUGUUUCAGUGUAUUCUAUAAUGGUUUUUGUGUUACAGUACUAUCAAAUGAAACUAACGUGCAUCAUUUCUUUUUUUUUUUUUCUCCGUAUAAUGGAUACCCAGUACCAGUUUUUGCUGUGCCUGCGAACGCACCUCAGUCAUGAAAGGAGCGUCGCAGUUUCGUUUUUUCUUUCUUUCUUUUCCCACAAAGGAGCAGUUUUAUGUGAUGUGUAAGUGUAUUCAUGUGCUUGUGAAUUUCUUGCGGUAUUUUCUUUAGAUUCCCCCUCUCAUUGUGUCAUGAAACAGGGACUUUUACUUGAUGUGGUAAGAAUUUCAAAGUUGGAUUUUUUUUUUUUAAUCCCAACAAAAUGGCGGUUUUCAUGUGGAUGUACUGAUCUGUACUGUUUUUUUUUUUUUAGAGAGUCAUCAUGCUGAACAUUUAAUUUAUUUAUUUUAUGUAGCAUCCGUAAAGGAGUUGUUACUCUUGAAUUUUUUAGAGAGGUCGAAGAAGUCUGUUUUUUUGUUUUGUUUCUGGUGUUGAACUCAUCAUCAGCCUUGUUGGAGAAAUGCGGUGUCGCCGUGGGAGCGGACGGACGGGAUGUUUGAGGGGUAAAAAGCAAACAUAAACAGGCUCAUUUUUUUGGGAUGCCUUCAAAAUGUGUUUUUGUCUUCUCCUGUCGCCACCACCACCACCACCAUCAUCUUAACAGUGUUCUCUUCCAGCAAUGAAGGAAAACCACCGUGAAAAAAAUAAAUAAACCACAAAACUAUACUUGGUUGAAUGUAAUAAUGAGGAAACAAAGUUGUACAUAAUGUGUAAAAAGAAAAGUUUCUAAUCAUGUUUAUUUUCUAUGCACUUUUUUUAUUUAAGUGAUAGUUUAAAUAAUAAACAUGUCUCCUUUA